AGCGAUGGCGGCGCUCGUGUCUGCGCCGACCGCGGCGCGCUCUCCGCCCCGGCCGAGCGCGGCCCGGCACCGCUAACGCGGCCUGGGGAGCGGCCGGCGCGGCCCAUGUCCUCCCAGGGGGCGGAGGAGCCCGAGCCGCCCACCCGUGCUGCGGCGAGGGAGGUGGCUCCGGCGGCGGGCGCUCCGCAUUGUGCGCCGCGCCGCAGCAGCAGCAGCGGGAACAGCUCGGGGAGCGAGAGCGGCGGCCCGGCCCGGGAGGAGCGGCGUCUGCUGCCCCUCUCCCGCGAGCCUAGCCCCAUGAAGGAGCCGGGCGGCCCCGGAGCAGCAGGCGGCGGUGGGGAGGGAGCCGCCGCCGCCGCCGCCGCCGCCCCUUCUCCGGAAGACAACGAGGGCGCAGGAGGGGCCGCCGCCGCCGCCGCCGCCGCCGACGCGCAGGUGGAGGGCGGCGGCAGCAGCAACAAUGUGGGGACGAGAGCCUCUGUGGGCAGAGAGCGCUUGAAGAGGACCCAGAAAAUUAUGAAAGCAGAAGGUUGCGAUUCAGCCAUGCCUCAAGCAUCACCUAACGAGGAUGCAGCAGCAAUGACUGAAGUGAAGGUGAAGACAGAAGUCCCAGAUGACUAUAUUCAGGAGGUGAUCUGGCAGGAUGACCCAAAAGAGCCGAAGAAGAACUUGAAAGGUGGUGGGGUGGCCGAGGUGCCUGCAGAAAUUUGUGUGGUGAUUGGUGGGGUCCGCAACCAGCAGACUCUCGGUAAGCUAGGGUCAUAUGAGUGUGGAAUAUGUGGAAAGAAAUAUAAGUACUACAAUUGUUUCCAGACCCACGUUCGAGCGCACAGAGACACAGAAGCGGCAUCAGGCGAAGGAGCAUCCCCCGGAAAUAACUUUAGGUACACGUGUGACAUUUGUGGGAAGAAGUACAAAUACUACAGUUGCUUCCAAGAGCACAGAGAUCUGCAUGCAGUGGAUGACCCCUACGACCAAGCAGUGAUUGCCAAGGAGGAGGUGAAAGAAGAGGAGCCCGAACCCUUUCAGAAGAUUGGUCCAAAAACGGGCAACUAUACCUGUGAAUUCUGUGGCAAGCAGUAUAAGUACUACACUCCGUACCAGGAACACGUGGCCCUUCACGCACCAAUCAAGUACUCUCGAUCUCCACUCUUCGUGGCUGUGAAGACCCAAGCGAGCCAAUCGGGAAAAAAAACGCCGACGGCGUCCAUAAUCCGGUGUUCCACCCUCCUCCACCGCACUCCCUCCGGUAUCCCACCGGCAUCCCAGUCACAGAUGUUCCGCGCUCCAAAUUCUGGAUCCCCAGGAAGCAAGGCCACCACAGCAGAAAGCGCUUUCAGUCGGAGAGUGGAAAGCAAAAUGCAAAACAACUUUGAAGAAACUAACAGCAGCUCCCAAAACUCUAGUGAAACCGCCAGUCCUCUGGUUUCAAACCCUUUGCCGCUUUUGCAAAAGCCAUACACCUGUGGGGCCUGUGGCAUUCAGUUCCAGUUCUACAACAAUCUCCUUGAGCACAUGCAGUCCCAUGCAGCUGACAAUGAAAACAACAUUGCCUCAAACCAGCCCAGGUCACCUCCAGCUGUGGUGGAAGAGAAGUGGAAGCCACAGCCACAGAGGAACAACUCCAACAACACGUCAACUGGCAGUUCCCUCCCGAAUAGCCCAAUACCCGAGAAGGAACGGCAGAACAUAGCGGAGAGGCUGCUGAGGGUGAUGUGUGCCGAUCUGGGGACGCUGAGUGUGGUGAGCGGCAAAGAGUUCAUUAAGCUGGCGCAAACUCUUGUGGACAACGGUGCCCGCUACGGCGCCUUCUCUGUCACGGAGAUCCUCGGCAACUUCAACACGCUAGCCCUCAAGCAUUUGCCCAGGAUGUACAACCAGGUGAAAGUGAAGGUUACCUGUGCUCUCGGUAGCAAUGCCUGCUUGGGCAUUGGCGUUACCUGUCACUCACAGAGCGUUGGCCCUGAUUCCUGCUACAUUCUGACUGCGUACCAGGCGGAAGGCAGCAGCAUCAAGAGUUACGUCCUGGGGAUCAAGGGGGUGGACGUUCGUGAUAACGGGGACUUGGUCCACCAUUGGGUGCAGAACGUGCUUUCCGAGUUCGUUAUGUCUGAGAUCCGGACCGUGUAUGUCACAGACUGCAAAGUGAAUUCCUCUGCGUUUUCCAAGGCGGGCAUGUGUUUGCGCUGCUCUGCGUGUGCCUUGACCUCCGUGGUGCAGAGUGUGCUUAACAAGCGCACCCUCCAAGCACGCAACAUGCACGAGGUCGUUGAGCUGUUGAAUGUCUGUGAGGACCUGGCGGGCUCAGCGGGGAUCUCCAAGGAGACCUUUGGCUCCCUGGAGGAGACCUCACCUCCCCCCUGCUGGAACUCCAUCACAGAUUCUCUGCUGCUUGUCCACGAACGCUAUGAGCAGAUCUGCGAAUUUUACAGCCGGGCCAAGAAGCUGAACCUUAUCCAGAACCUCAACAAGCACCUGCUGAGCAACCUAGCGGCCAUCCUGGCUCCGGUGAAGCAGGCCGUCAUCGAACUGAGCAACGAGAGCCGGCCCACGCUGCAGCUGGUGCUGCCCACCUACGUGAAACUGGAGAAACUCUUCACCUCAAAGGCCAACGAUGCAGGCAUUGUCAGCAAGCUGUGCCACCUUUUCCUGGAAGCCCUGAAAGAGAACUUCAAGGUCCACUCGGCACACAAGGUGGCCAUGAUUCUGGACCCUCAGCAGAAACUGCGUCCGGUCCCGCCGUACCAACACGAGGAGAUCAUCAGCAAGGUGUGUGAGUUGAUCCACGAGGUGAAGGAGUCUUGGGCCGAGGAGCCAGACUUUGAGCCUGCCUCCAAAAAGUCCCGGACCUCGAGUGAGAAUUCGCCUGCUCGGGAGGACGACCGGUCAGGCAAAAGUGAGGUCUACGACUACUUGCAAGAGCCCCUUUUCCAGGCCCCCCCCGACCUCUUCCAGUACUGGUCCUGUGUGACGCAGAAACACACCAAGCUGGCCAGGCUGGCCUUCUGGCUCCUCGCGGUGCCCGCCGUGGGGGCCAGGAGCAACUGCGUCAAUAUGUGUGAACAGGCCCUCUUGAUCAAGAGGCGGCGGCUGCUCAGCCCUGAGGAUAUGAACAAGCUCAUGUUCCUGAAGUCCAACAUGCUUUAGAACUAGGGUGGGGUUGGGGAGGGAACGGCCUCCUUCCGGAACACGUCCCCGCCACACGCAGACACUGCUCCAAACCCAGAAUCCACUGUGGACCUCGUUCGGAACGCCCUGGGAAAUAAAAAGUGCUUUUUAUACAUAUAUCGAUAUCUAUAUUAAUAUGUAUAUAAAAAGCUCAGUGGAAAGGAAUGUGGGUGAGAAGCACACCUCUGCUAGAAACACACUCCUUCCUCUAGGUUUCUGCACGAACUCGAUAAAGCACCCUCCUGUUCUUCGAGAGGGCGGGCCGGUUAGUCUGACGUCUUUAGGCAGCUGAGUUUCUAAAUUAACUUGAAUGGUUGUUUCACGAUUACCCUCUUUGAGAAUAACCCUCCCCCCCACCUCUUCUGAGCCCUGAUGCCGGGGACCGUCCGCCUUGAUUUCCGCCAGUUUCUGGCCACACUGGAUGGCUCUUAGGAGCCGCGUGUCCCCACAGGGGCAUUUGUGCUUUCCUCUUUGGCAACAUAAAAACAUUUCACGUUUGCAGGCAGCUGUCUUUCAGAAACCUCCAAGUCAGGAAUGGAGACUUGAAGAAUUAAAAAGAAAAAAAUCCAGGAGGGAAAAAAGCUACCUGACUUUGAUACCAGUGACUUGACUUCUCUUAAAAGAAAAAAGGGUGGUGGUUAAAACCUGAAAUAAUAUUUUGCAGUCAAAAAUGCCCAACCCUCCUGUUAAAGUCCCUGUUAGCUACUCUGUCUAAACUUGGUGGCUGUUUGGGUCUCUCUCUUGUCGGCUUGGGAGGGGCCUGGGAAGGAGUUUCUCGUUGCCUCGAGGUGCUGGCAGUGAAGCAUCAAUAGGAGUAUCUUCCCCCCCAGCCGGCCUGCGCCACCUCUUUCCAUCUCCUGACCUCCAAAGACACUUUGCAAUGUAAGAACUUCCUUUUGAUAUUCUUGUCCAGUCUCCACGUUCAGAGCAAUAGUUGACCUCAAGGCAGUUGUCUUUCGCACAUCGCGUUUCUGGCUUCACUCUUCCUGGCAAGGUGGCAGAAGGUAAGAGCAGAGCCAAGAUGCUGGGCUGCUGGCACACCUGCUCCGGGGCCUGGUGGUUUCUCUUGGAUGGCACCUGGUGGUGGCAUUUUGGUUAGGCAGGUCCAAACUGCAACAUCGGUUGGUUGGUGGCUGGGGGAGGCAGGGUGUAGCUUUGUCAUGGUUUUGUUUUUCUUCAAAAAUGUUGGCAAGAGGAGUGGACGGGGCUUGUCCUGGUCUUGGCUCCGCUCACCUGCUGCUGCUGGGGGGGCUCUGGACUCACCAGCAGCGGAGGGGGGUUUCCUUGCUGGAGAGGAGUGUGCACUGCCUGGCCUUCAGUUGAGCCUGGCUUGGAAGAGACCUGCCCUGUUUCCCUUCUCUUUCACACGCACACUCCUCCCACCGACCCCAGGCUGGAAACCAACCAGCUGCCAGGGACGACUGAAAGUGGCUUGGAGUGUGAAGCUGCCUGUACUCUGGCCCUGCUGGCCAUCGGAGAACAGUGGGUCGCCCCCCCCCCGCCCGAUUAAAGCCCAGAGUGGUCCACUGCAGCAUUUGCUGCCAUACAGCCUGUGAGGGUUUUGCAGAGGCCCCCUGUUUAACACCGAGGGAAGGCGGAUUGUGCAGAUCUUUUCCCUCUGAGUGUGGGUUAGGGGCUGCCCCAUUCCGUGGUGCACUUCUAGGCUUUAUAUUCUGCUCAGGCAAGGCAGCGCCUCCACCAGGAGGUUAAUGUGAUCUUUGGUGAUGUUUAGAUUAUAGUAACUCUAGUCUUACCAAACCGUGUUUGUCACAUGGCUUAAAUGGUAAAGGGCCUUUGAACAUGGUUGUUUCUUUUCCAGCAUCAAAUCCCUGGAUGGGACUUCUCAUUGGAGGGGGUGGUUUUUGAAAAUUUGAUGGGAUAUGUUUCUUCUGCUGGUCUCUUCUUUGUAUUCCUUCCCUUCCUUCCCUGGAACACUGGGGUUCUUGUGAGCACAGGGUUUUGCAUGGUUAACUUUUGAUGCUGGAAUUCUGGAAUUCCUAUUAUUAGAACUUUGCCAUUUUGAGAUAGUGCCACACCAUCCUCCUACCUGUGGGUAAUCUACCAAUAAAUGGUAGAUUAGGGUUUUCUAGCCACAUGACAGCCCUGAUCCAGAGUAAGGAAAAGGUUUCUAAAGCAGUAAUUAACUAAGCAGGUGAUUUUGAAACUUAAUCCACAAAGGCAAUUACUUAAUAUGUUAAAUCUGCCUUAGAUGUUCUCAUGGAUCUGGUUAUUACGAGUUUUCAUUGUCACAAAACACACCCAUCACAAUCGGUAUGAUGAUACGAGAACUCCAUACCAAAUCAUUGGAAUUGUUUUAAAAUUCCAGAAUUCUGAGUUUAUUUUUAUUUCUUUUUUAAAUGCACACUCAAGAUCCUCAAGAGAACAAAAUGCUCACAGGUGCCACUCUGUUUGUGGGGUGGACAGGCCUUGUCUCCUCUACAAUUAACUCUGAGACUCCAGGGACUCGGGUCUGGGGGCAGAUGGCAGUCAGAUGUGCAUGGAAGCCCCGAGUACGUCUCAAGUUCGGGAUAGAAUGUAAUUGAGUCUUUGUGCUGAAACAGCAAUUGUGUGGGUGUUACACUGCAACAACUUCACAAGCAGCAGGAAUGCCAGAGCAGGAACAUAUCAGGAGAAACCUCAGGUGGCCUCCUGAGGAGGAAGGUGGGACAGACAGAAUCUGGAGCAACAUUCUGGGAGACUCCAGGGUUGGUGCCCCUGUUGCCUUUGCGAAGGUGGCUUGGAAAUGGGCAUGGGGAGCCAGCCCCUCUGACUGGUGAGGAAGUUGUGGUCCGUCUGCCUCAGGUGGCCCCCCCCCACCAGCAGUAGCGGAAGAGGACGGCGGUCAGUCGUGCCUGCAGGGUGGGGCCUCCCUUGAGGCACCUUGGUUGGGCUCUGAAGCAGAGGAGCAGAAUGCCUGAGAAGCGGCUUCGGGAGGCCCCCUUGUGCUCCAUCUGCUUGGGCUCACGUGCCCCGGUUCUCAAGCAACCGCCAAAGUGGGCUCUGCCCAGGACUGGCUGGCCGUGCCUGCUUUUCUCCUGCUGCGGCUCAGGCCCAGGGUUUCUCUCUGUGCCACCUGGCUUGAGUUGGGAGUUGCUCCUCGGAAGCCACGUUCCAUCGCUGGAGGGGCGCCUUCCAAUUGAACCCAUCCCUGCUUCUCAAAAUUGGUGAUUCCGUAUCACGGUGAAGGACUUAGUGGAGGUGAUGCCGGGUGGCAUCGUUGCAGGUGAUCCCUGAGAAGUCAUUUCCCCCUUUCUCUCACUCCUAGGCGGCCAACUUCCAAGAUGGCUGAGCUGAUGAGUUUUGUAGAUAAUGCACAUUUCCUAAGACGGAAAUGAGUGUGAUUGAUUGAUUGAUUGGGUACCAAAGUGAUCAAGGAGCGGGAGACUGCUUACCUCAGCAACCAGUCACUUGCGGGCUGAAGCUGCUGCAGCCAUCUUCAGCAUGGGAGAGGGGAGAACUUCAGUGGGUCCCUAGGGGGGUGGGUAAAGCAGAAGGGUGGAGAAACUUCUUAGCUUACGGGAAAGGGCUCACAGCAGUUCUUGUGGGCAGGGGUUGAAAGGGUAAUGGAAGGCCUUGUUCUGACCGCAUAAACUAUAAAGCCCAAUCAGUGGAUGUGUCCGAUGCUAGCCUGGACAGAUGACCCCUCCCCACCUUUUCUACCUCUUCAGUGUUUACUGAGAGCUUCCUCUGUCAACUGCCAACUGCCUUUACAGAAAGUGGUUUGGUCUUCAGCCACUCUGUUAGGGUGGACACCCAUCUUUGAUGCUUUCCAUGAAGUGGGGGUAAAAACUGUUGCAAAUGUUAGCAGGAGCCAAAGCCAGCAACAGUCAGCCUGCCUGCUGCCCCCCUCCCCCUUGUGAAUUGGGGGGUGGGGGUGGUGGCGCAGGAAGGCAAGCCAGGCCUGGCAUGUAGGAAGACCAGCGAUGCAUGCACGUUACACCUGUGUUUGAUAGCUUGGUGUUCCUGGCAAUAUGAGGAGAUGCUUCCUAGCAUGCAUCUUGUUACCUUGGAGAGUUACAGAAAUCUACAUGUCAUCUUAAAGAAGAGAUAACAGAAGAGUUUAAAAAGUAUAUACAAAAAAUAUUUUUUAGGCCAGAGUUUUCUACAGGUAUUAAUGAAUAUUUUUCUUAAUCCUCAUAAGUUUUACUGUGUUUAAUAUUUCUUAAUACCGGUAGCAUUAAUUUAUACUUUUGUAGCGACACACUAUUUUUAUAAAAAUGCCACCACUGGCUUGUCUUCGUGAGGGGGGGAAUUGUGUGAGGGCGAUGUGCUGACCCAUGUACUGUAUUUAAAAAGAGAAAAGUUAUCUACUGUCACGCUUGCUGUGUGUUAAUAAACAAAAAGGAAACUUG